GAGCGCUAGGGGGCGGGAGGAGGGGCCGGGCCAGCGGCGCAGCCAGCCGCAAAGACAGCGGGCUGAGCGAUGGAGGCCGACGGGCAGUCGUGGUCCGGCGAGUCCGUGUCGGGCCCGGGCCCGGGGGGCGGCGGAAUGAUCCGCGAGCUGUGCCGGGGCUUCGGCCGCUACCGCCGCUACCUGGGACGGCUGCGGCAGAACCUGCGUGAGACCCAGAAGUUCUUCCGCGACAUCAAGUGCUCCCACAGUCACAGUUGUCCCUCCUCCCCCGCGGGCGGCGGCGCGGCGGAGCUUGGCCCUGCCGGCGACGUCGCCGCAGCCCCGCUGCCAGCGGGCCAGCUGAGCUGCAUUUCCUUUCCACCUAUGGAAGAGAAGUAUCUGCAGCAGAUCGUGGAUCACCUCCCCUGUAUACUGAUCCUCGGCCAGGACUGUAAUGCCAAGUGCCAGCUGUUGAACCUGCUGUUGGCGGUGCGGGUGCUUCCCACCCUCAAGCUGGACAGUGACGAGAGCUGUAAGCUUCGGCGCCUCCGCUUCACCUACGGGACUCGGACUCAGGUCAGCCUGGCGCUGCCCGGUCAGUAUGAGCUGGUGCACACACUGGCUUCCCACCAGGACAACUGGGAGACCAUCCCUGAGGAGGACCUGGAGGUUCAAGAAGACAGUGAGGACACUGCCCGUGUGUUAGCUGACCUUGAGGUGACAAUGCACCAUGCUCUCCUACAGGAAGUGGACAUUGUGGUGGCACCAUGCCACAGCCACCGGCCUGCAGUAGAUGUUCUGAGUGACUUGGCAAAUGAUUUCUUGCCUGUGAUAACCUACGCACUUCACAAAGAUGAACUCUCUGAACGGGAUGAGCAAGAGCUUCAGGAAAUUAGAAAGUAUUUCUCGUUUCCUGUGUUCUUCUUCAAAGUACCUACACUGGAGAUCAUCCGCUCUUCCAGUGGGCGAGCAGACAGUGAACGAUCACCACUGUCUGGGCAGCUAAUGGACCUGGGCUACCUGAGCAGCAGUCACAGGAACUGCAUGGCCUCUGACCAGGACUGCAGAGCUCAGAGCAUGUUGGUGGAGCAAAGUGAGAAACUGAGGCAGCUGAGUACGUUUUCUCACCAGCUGCUACAGACCCGCCUCGUGGAUGCAGCCAAGGCCCUGAAUGCGGUGCACAGCCACUGCCUUGACAUCUUUAUUAACCAGGCUUUUGACAUGCAGCGGGACCUGCAGAUCACUCCCAAACGCCUAGAAUAUACUAGAAAAAAGGAGAAUGAGUUGUAUGAGUCAUUGAUGAAUAUCGCCAACCGAAAGCAAGAGGAAAUGAAGGAUAUGAUCGUUGAGACACUUAACACCAUGAAAGAGGAGCUUCUGGAUGAUGCUGCCAACAUGGAGUUCAAAGAUGUCAUUGUCCCUGAGAAUGGAGAGACAGUUGGGACCAGAGAGAUCAAAUCCUGCAUCCGACAGAUCCAGGAGCUCAUCAUCUCCAGACUUAACCAGGCAGUGGCCAACAAGCUCAUCAGCUCUGUGGAUUACCUACGGGAAAGCUUCGUGGGGACCCUGGAGCGGUGUCUACAGAGCCUUGAAAAGUCACAGGAUGUCUCAGUGCACAUUACCAGCAAUUAUCUCAAACAGAUCUUAAAUGCCGCUUACCAUGUUGAAGUCACUUUUCACUCGGGGUCCUCAGUUACACGGAUGCUUUGGGAACAAAUCAAGCAGAUCAUCCAGCGUAUCACAUGGGUGAAUCCACCCACCAUCACCCUAGAGUGGAAGAGGAAGGUGGCCCAGGAAGCCAUCGACAGCCUCAGUGCCUCCAAACUGGCCAAGAGCAUUUGCAGCCAGUUCCGUACUCGGCUCAAUAGUUCGCACGAGGCUUUUGCGGCCUCCUUGAGGCAGCUGGAAGCUGGCCAUUCAGGCCGUCUGGAGAAAACUGAAGAUCUGUGGCUUAAGGUUCGAAAAGACCACGCCCCCCGUCUGGCCCGCCUUUCACUAGAGAGCCGGUCUUUACAGGACGUCUUGCUUCACCGUAAACCUAAAUUAGGACAGGAACUAGGCCGGGGCCAAUAUGGUGUGGUGUACCUGUGUGACAACUGGGGGGGACACUUCCCUUGUGCCCUCAAGUCAGUUGUUCCUCCAGACGAGAAGCACUGGAACGACCUGGCGUUGGAGUUUCACUACAUGAGGUCUUUGCCAAAGCAUGAGCGGCUGGUAGAUCUCCAUGGCUCAGUCAUUGACUACAACUACGGUGGCGGCUCCAGCGUUGCUGUGUUGCUGAUUAUGGAGCGGCUGCACCGGGACCUCUACACAGGGCUGAAGGCUGGGCUUUCCCUGGAGACACGUUUGCAAAUAGCUCUGGACGUGGUGGAGGGAAUCCGCUUUCUGCACAGCCAGGGGCUUGUUCAUCGGGAUAUCAAACUGAAAAAUGUGCUGCUGGACAAACAAAACCGUGCCAAGAUCACUGACUUAGGAUUCUGCAAACCAGAAGCUAUGAUGUCAGGCAGCAUUGUGGGAACACCGAUUCAUAUGGCCCCUGAACUUUUCACAGGAAAGUAUGAUAAUUCUGUGGACGUCUAUGCUUUUGGGAUCCUUUUCUGGUAUAUCUGCUCCGGCUCUAUCAAGCUCCCUGAGGCAUUUGAGAGGUGUGCGAGCAAAGACCAUCUCUGGAAUAAUGUGCGCAGAGGGACCCGUCCGGAGCGUCUUCCUGUGUUUGAUGAGGAGUGCUGGCAGUUGAUGGAGGCCUGUUGGGAUGGUGACCCCUCCAAGAGGCCUCUCUUGGGCAUUGUCCAACCUAUACUCCGAAGCAUUAUGGACCGGCUCUGCAAGUGCGAUUCUGAGCGGCCUAGCAGAGGACUAGAUGACUCUACCUGAAGACAACACCCGUCUCUUCCACUCUGUUCCUUCCUUCCCUCUCACCUUUUGGCCUUGGGGAGAAUUUGUCAUUUGUUCACUAAGGGAGCUCCCAAGGGAACUGGUGCUUGUUGGCAGCUUGAGGCCUUCUUGGGUAGAGACGGCUCCUGGGCAGCGAAGAAUUCAGUGACUGUUUAGUAUUCAUGCUGCCUUACACUGAGCAAAAGAUUGUUGCUCGAGAAUGUGAUGUUCUGGCUGAGAACUGACAAGGAGGCAACUGUUACCACUGUCUGUUCACUGUGUGUCUCUGAAACAAGCGAGCCUGCAGUGCAGGGCAUCUGUCCAACGGUAGAGACCACUUAGAAACAUGACCUUAGUUCAGGAUUGUAUGGUCACAAAGGCAAAACCAGCCUAGCCAAAUAUACCUUGUGGUUGUCUGGUUCUUGUUCCUUAUAGCCAGGAUCUCAGGUUGUUGUUACAGUCAGAGCCCAGGAGGCAGCUGGACGUGAAGCUGUCUGUCCCCACAACCCAGUGUGUUUACAUUGCCAGGGCCAGGAAGCCCUGGUUUCUGUGGGGCAGAGCUAACCCAGAACAGAAUCUGUUUGAUUCUUAUGUCUUUCCCCACCCUCUACCCUUCUUUUUCCUCAGAAAGGAGGGAAUAAGCCAGAUAAUAUGGUACUUAGACUUAAGCAUCUAAUCAGAAAUAGACUUUAAUUUUGUUGUUUUUAAUGGGAUGUAGCCCAGGCUAGCCUUAAGUCCAUCCUUAUUCCUCAGCCUCCAUAGUGCUGGGAUUAUAGGCAUGUGCUACCAUGAAUAGCUUCUAACUAUAUAACUCACUCCUUUCUUCUUCUGUCUAGGGAUCAGUCCCACUGCUCAGAUUUGCUGGUAAGCACUCCCCUAUGAGCUAUGCUCCAGCUUCAUAUAGCUUUUAAAGUUCACUUUGAACACGCGGCACCGUGAGCCCUGGUAACUGUGCAAUGGAGCAUGGUGGUCUAAACACUCACAGCUCUUCAGAAAUGCCAUGUAAUACUUUCUACAUGCAAACUGUAAUGGACAAGUGAUGGGCCAGUGUCUUUGGGUUCCUUGGCUCUGGCUCAUUUUGGCAGAAUGCUUAGUCUAGCUUUUAAAAUUUUAAUACCUACUCAACUGUACUUAGUUACUCUACCUGAGGGUCAACACGUUGUCCUCUGGAGACAGUAGGAUGUAAGGAAGACAAGGAGUCAAGAAAGAAGAAAUGAGUCAUCUCUGCUAAUUAGGUCCGUGGUGUAUGAAACUUGAGGUCUUGGGGAGUUAGGAGACUGCUGACCCUUGUUCCUGAGGCUCGCCGUAGUAUGGAGGCAGUAGCUGCAGUAUGAAAUUCUAUUCCUAACAUUCUUUGGACCAUUUAGCCCAUUCUCAGACUCUUAAGUGGGAGGUUAGAUUUUUUUUUUCCCUUCAUCCAGAAUCUCUUUUCAGUCUCCUGUCAGGUUACAGGUUCCUUCUUUUAGUUUUAAGUCAUUUCCCAUCAAUUUCUGCCCAGUGGGAGGAGCAGAGAGGCUUAAUGCCUCUCAUUAAAGGGCAUCCAAGGAAGCCCCUAGGUUUUCCUGAAAGUGUCUGGGCAAGCCAAAGCCCAUGUUGGGGGUCUUUGGUGUUGGUAUUUCAAUGCUCAGCGGGCUGAGUAUGUGAACACGCAUGUCUAGUGUGUGUAUAUUACUUUAUAACAUUGUAAGCUAAUUUUGGAUUCUAUGUUUUUCGGCAUCAUUAUUUCAGAGAUAAAAUGCCAUGAAAUGUACUGUACUGUUUAUCACUUGGGAGGACGCUGCCUGGUCAGAGACGUGUGGUGGCACUUGAGUAGUCCAGGGCUCCACAGGGCCAACGUUUUGAAGAUUUACCUCUGGGCUGAGGGAGGAAGAAAGGUGACAUGAAGAGUUACCUGUAUUGUGUGUCAUCCUUCAGAAUGUUUCCAUAAGGGCAGUUUACUCCAGCCCAACAGGGACACCCACCUACUUCUUGGGAGCUGAAUGUCUGGCUACUCAUUUUGCCUUGGAAUGGAGUGACAGACUUUUCAGCAGAGCAAUCAGAAGAAAUGCCGGCCAAGUCAGGGCACUCAUCUGCGCCCCAGAGUUGCAUGUGCAGCACAGAUGACUGGCUUCUUGACUGAGCAAUCUUUCACUGUUCUCAGGAAGAGGACUAUCCUGGUUGUUGCCAGACCAAAGAGAGUCACUUCUGACUCGAUCAAGUUUAAGGGGCAGGGCUAGGCAGCCUGGUUCUAAGUGUAACACUAAUGCUCAAGAAAACCGAGGAAAGGCUGCACUGCUGUUACAGCCAGAGCAGGAGAAUGGUAAACUGAACACCUGUCAGCUCCCCAAAUGCAUUUCUGUAUUUUGCUUAAGCUGUCAAACAGGUUAGAGCACUCAGGGUAUGUGUAGUUCAGUGGUAGAAUGUGCUUAGCCUGCACAUGGCCGUGGGUUCAGUGUCUAGUACCAAAAAAAAAAAAAAAAAAAAAAAAAGACACAAAGGUCAAAGGGAGGUUAGAAUGUUUUUCCUGACAGCAGUGGCCUGGGGUAGUAGGGCUGCACAGUGACAACUGCACUAAAUGACACUUUAUUGUUACUGUUGUCUUAUUUAGCACUGAGACACCCAGGGCAUGGGUGAGAACAGUCACACUUAGGGAAACUGAGGCACCCUUUGGUCUUGUUCUAGGGGUGCCCUGUUUGUUUGAUCAAACUUACUGGGAGACCUCCCAAGACCAUGUUCUGUCAGGAGGGAGUAAGUAACCGCCUUGGAAAAGUGCAUCCCAAAGAAGGAGCUGCUUUAAGUGUUUGGAACUUGCAUUUUGUAUUUGUUGGGUCAAACAACCCACAUAUUCCUUAAAAGAAAAUGAGGAUUUAGUUUUCUAAAUGUUGGGGUAUGUGAGAUAGCGCUGGUGUAAUAUUCGAGAGCAUCGGGAAGGGCUGGCCUUAAAAGACACCUGGACCACAAACUCCCCUACAGGUUUCAGAUAGUACUGUUGUUCUUAAGAGCUUUAUUUUUAACUCCAUUUGCUUUAUUAGCCUCUAGUGUGAUUGUCAUAGUGGUGGAGAAUGUACACAUACCUGACAUCAUCAGAGACACCAAGUAGCCCUGAGAGCUCACGAGGAAAUUAGUCUGGAUGGCCUGCUGGUUUUUGGGUUUUGUGGGUGUUUUUUUGGUUGGGUUUAUUUUUUUUUGUCUUUAUGUAAUGUUUUUAUUUGUUUUAAAGAACUAAUGUUUAUUACAGUGUUAUAUAAAAGUAUAACAUAUUAAGUGUAUAGAAUAAAGUGCAAUAACAAAAA